AUGGAGACGGACAUAAUCAGCCGAGAUUCCGUAAAAACCGGACUUCCAAGGAAAGGUUUUGGAGUUCCGGUUCAAGUCGCCGUUGAACGAUCCGAUCCUGGUCCUAUUCUUCAGCCUUGUGCAGCUUCAGACGGUGGAGUUCAGGGACUACGUUGGUACUCAAUGCGGUUAAAGAUGGAUGAAGACAGAGAUGUUGCAGAUGAGUUCUUGGAAGAUCAUCAUAACUAUAAGACUUUGCCAAAAGAUGCAAAACAAAAGCUGCAAAAGUGA